CUGCUCUCUUGUAGCACGUGGCUCUCAAGCCUUCCAAAAAGGUAACAAUCUCUGGCGUGAUUGGCCCAUCAGGCAAAAACAUCCUGCAGGAGGGCGAGGAGGAGUGGAAUCCAGAGGGGAGCGCUGCUCUGAAUACGGAUACAGGCACCAGGACUUCAGCAACGAUGGGGAUGGAAGCAGAGGACCGCCCUCCCUCACAGUCCCUCUCAACUGUGGGCAAAGGAGCUCCUGAAGCAAAGACUCCUGCAGCAGGUGGUGGCAUUUUGGAAGCGGCUCAAUGCCUGAGGCCAGGCAGCCAGAUUGCUGCUAAGGAGCCUGCUGUGGCAAGCGAGACUUCCCAGGAGCCCAGCAAGAUCACGCACACGGGACAGCCCUCACACUUGGGGAAUCGAGAUGUAGCUAAAGCACCCGUGGCCAUAUUCAAAGCUUCCAAGAAAUCUAAGACCUCUGCUGCCCCUUCUAAGCCAGGCACUAAUGCACCUCAAUUGAAAAUGCCUAGUCCCAGACCCUCCAAAAAGCCUUCACCCACCAGGGGAUCCCCUAGUCCCAGACCCUCCAAAAAGCUUUCACCCACCAAGGGAGCCCCUAGUCCCAGACCCUCCAAAAAGCCUUCACCCACCAAGGGAGCCCCUAGUCCCAAACCCACCAGGGGAGCAACAAGAAAAACAGGUAAGGCUAGCCCAAGAACCAAAAUAUCUGUGGGCAUGGGACACCCAAUGGUAGACACAGACACCAUGGCAGCUGCUCCCUCUGACCCAGACAACAGCAGCAGAGCCUGGGAGCAAGGGAAGCCCAGGGGGCCGUCUCCACAGCGGAGGGGAACGGCUGAUGGCCAGAGGUCAAGCUCCCAACCCCCUGCAGUAUCCGGCCCUUCCCCCAAACCCCGUGUUUCGGUGGGUGUGAGUCGCUCCGUAACAGAAACCAAAUCUAUGGGGGUGGGGCGCUCAGCAACGCACACAUUUUCUGAAGCUACUGGCCCUUCCGUGCCGGCCAGUUCUCCCCCCAAAUCCCACGUUCCGGGUUCUGAAGCAGCUGGCCUUACAAGGCAGGUCAGCAAGGCCAGAUCCAGACUGCCGGUGAACAGGGCACCCAAGCUGCAGCGGCUUGACGUUGUGAAGUUGGAGGACAAGACUAUAGAUGAGACGAGGAAAUCUCCGAAACCCAGAAAAGCUGCUGUCCCUAGCGGACCCAGCCGUCAUGAAUGAAGAGACCCAUCUCACAGAUCUGGAUCAUUAGAGAAGGCAGCGGGAUAAGUGGGAAAGUCUCUAGAA